ACCCUAAAAAAGCCCAAGGCCCAAGCAGACCAAUUCCACCACCCUACCGGAGCGCGUCCACCCCCUUCCUCCUCCGAUCGAGCCAGGGCCAGGCAACCUGGUGCUCCGCCCCUCGCCGUUACCGCGACGCUUCGGCCUCUGGCUCCACCGCCUGCCUCCCUGGCUCUGUGACCGUGACGAGACACGUCGCCGAGAGGCCACCCCGCUUGGGAUUGUGAGGUAAAGCGUGAUGGCAGCGCCACCGGCGAGGGCCCGAGCCGACUACGACUACCUCAUCAAACUGCUCCUCAUCGGUGACAGCGGAGUUGGAAAAAGUUGUCUCCUGUUACGGUUCUCAGAUGGAUCAUUCACCACUAGCUUUAUUACCACUAUUGGCAUUGACUUCAAGAUAAGGACUGUCGAGUUGGAUGGCAAACGGAUUAAGUUGCAGAUCUGGGACACUGCAGGCCAAGAACGUUUCCGCACGAUUACUACUGCUUACUACAGGGGAGCAAUGGGCAUCUUGCUUGUGUACGAUGUCACAGACGAGUCAUCUUUCAAUAACAUAAGAAAUUGGAUCAGAAACAUUGAGCAACAUGCUUCGGAUAACGUGAACAAAAUUCUGGUGGGGAAUAAAGCUGAUAUGGAUGAAAGCAAACGGGCUGUGCCCACUUCGAAGGGGCAAGCUCUCGCUGACGAAUACGGGAUAAAGUUUUUUGAAACGAGUGCAAAGACAAACCUGAAUGUCGAGCAGGUUUUCUUUUCCAUAGCAAGGGACAUCAAACAGAGACUUUCGGAGACCGAUUCCAAGCCUGAGGAUCGAACUAUCAAGAUCAAGGCUGAAGGGGAAGCUGAGGCAGCGGCGGCGGCGCAGAAUUCAGCUUGCUGUGGCUCCUGAGCACUUGUCACCGCAAGAUAGUGGCGUUCUCGCGCAUGUAAUUUUCAUCGUUUCAUUCUUUGCCAGCGACUCUCUCCUUGUGCUUCUUGAGCUAUCGCAGUUGCUGUGGCCUGGACAAAUGGGUGUUAACUGUUAAGUCAGAGCAGUUACUUGCUGUAUUGUGGGAACUCUACCCAUGGUAAGGCGUGCAUAAUGGCUGUGCAAAGUACCUUUUUACACUAUCGAUCGACUACACUGUUUAUAUGGUAGAGUUUAAAAUGAGAGGUGGGCUGUUUGAUCUCGAGGAGGCUGCUACUGCUAUAGAGAUGACGUUGGGAUUGCGGGAAUUUUCAAUGCGUACAAGCGGUAACAUUUGCUUGCAGCACUGGAUAAUCUUUGCUUCACAGAUUUGCUGUAUGGAUUAGGAAAAUAAGCUGUACCUCAUAACAUGUGUCGAAACAGAGAGAUUUUGUUUCUGUUAUAUGGUAGAGAUUUUGUUUCUGUUA